AUGAAAACAAUAGCAGCUUUAGUCCUCGUAUUAGGACUGGUAGGUGUCGAUAGUGCUAAGCUCACGACCACACUCGCCAACGGACGGGUAGUGGGUGGUGUGCCGGCCACCGCGGGUCAGGCGCCCUGGCAGGUGUCCAUUCAGGUGAACGGGUGGUUCGGGUGGAGUCACAACUGCGGCGGUUCACUCACCGGCAAACGAUCGGUGGUUACGGCCGCCCAUUGUGUCGAAGGCUAUACAAAGGAUACCCUAAAGAUCCAAUACGGGGGUCUCGAUAGGACUGCAUUGGCCACUGAAAACCCAAUCGACACGAUAUUUGAGCAUGAACAGUGGAAUAAAGAGAGCAAGUUCGAUUACGAUUACGCCGUGAUCACCCUGGUCAACGAUAUCCAAUCGACGUCCAAUGUGGGAACCAUUGAGUUGGCACAGACCACACCGGCAGCCGGCACGGCCGCUGACCUGACCGGCUGGGGUCGCACCCAGGGAGGGGCCAGUACUCUACCGACUGACCUACAGUACCAAAGGCUAUCCAUAGUGGCGGCACCCGAUUGUAACGCCCGUUACGGCACAGUUGAGGGUUAUUCGGCAGCUCAGUUGACAAUCAAAUAUGACGGGUUAGGCCGAACUUCCCUCAAGCAAUCGUCUACCAUCUCCAAAGUGGACAUCCAUGCAAACUGGAACUCCCAGACCAUAGACUGGGACUACUGUGUGUUGACUCUGACCAAUAAUAUCGUCAAGUCGUCCACCGUAUCGACCAUAGAGUUGGUACAGACAGCGCCGCCAAACAAUUCUCCCGCAGACCUGACCGGUUGGGGUAAGACGUCGGGCAGUACUAACAACUUACCCGAGAACCUACAGUACACCCCCAUGAAUAUUGUGUCCCGGGAGGAGUGCAACAAAAUAUGGCAACCGGCCGGACAGACAGUCACCGACAGAAUGAUAUGCGCGGCUAACGCGAAGGCCAGUGGUUGCAAUGGUGAUUCGGGUGGACCCCUUGUUGUUGGUGGCAAACUGGUCGGUAUUGUCUCCUGGGUCUACAGGGGAUGUCCGGCUAAUACAGUCCAGUGGCCCACAGCCUACGCCGAUGUUGCCAAUCAGUACACGUGGUUGAGCACAAGGAUUCAAUAA